GGAAGCAGAGGCAAAUCGGAGACCGCCGAGGGCAGAACUCAUGGGAGGCUAGACUUUGCGGUCCCAGCCGUUUCCUGCCUACCGGCGCCCUUCUCGCCCGCCUUCACGUCCCCAAGGGCUUCUGCUUAAGUGAUUGCGUCACGGACAGGCGAGAUUUCUACACGCAAGCCCGCGUUCCUUUUGAGCGUUCCCGGACCAAUGCGGUCGGGCCCUGCUUUCAGUUAUCGGACUUUCGCGGCCUGUCUGCCCACCUGGACUUCUGCACCAAGGCUGUCGAAAAUCAAGCUUGGGCGCUGUCUUCGUGCGAAGGGGUGCUCGACUUCCCUCCGCGUCCUUCCGUGCUUGUCUCAGACAGCCUUCCUGUUCACCCCACCUUUAAGGCCCUGCUGCAAGGUGAUGCUGGAGGAGUGGAGUUCGCAACGGCCGCUCACUUGGGUAUGCUUCAGUCUGCUGGUUGCUUGCUUGGCCCCGGCAGGUUGCAAUCUAAGCACCGCGUUUCGGCCCAGGGCCCAGGGAGUGGGCUCAUCAUUGAUGAUUUCUUUAGCCUCUCGGUUGAGGCUUCGGAUUUUGUGCCCGGCGGCCCCUCUGCCUCUCUUGGACUUCUCCACCGUGCCAAGGCUGCCUACACGCGUGAAGCUGUGCUGGGUUCAGAUGAGAAAGACGUUUUAGCACAGCGUGUUUUGAAGGUUGCUGGUGCAGAGAUCGACACCGAUCCCACCACUACUUCUGAUGGCCUGGCUUUGGUCGGUUACCCUGUUGCCAAGCGACUGGCCCUCUCUGCUGCUUCCCUUCGUGCGGCCCAGUGUUCUCAUAUCACUGCCGAGCUUGCUGAUAUGUUGUGUGGCUCCUGGGUCGCUUGCCUCCUCUACCGCAGGUGCCUCAUGUCUGUGCUAGACCGCUUCUUUGCUGUUAGUCGGGGCGAGCCUGCUGAAAACAUCGCCCGAGAGGCCCUGAGACCUCUGCCCCGACGUGCCGCUGGCGAGCUUCAGUUGCUUGCCGUGCUCGCCCCUGUCAUCUGCAGCAACCUUAGCGCCGACCCGUGUGAGCGAAUCUUCGCCACCGACGCCUCCAAUACUCACGGGGCCGUGUGUGCAAGGAGUGUCAGCCCUGAGGUUUCUCUGGACUUCUGGUUGGCAUCUGAUUUCCGUGGUGCUGCGGUGCACCUUGCCCCCCUUCCUCGUGGAAAAGGUGCCGGCGAUGACCCUGCUGCUUCUGCUGACACCGUGCCUCUCCGGCAGCUGAUGUCUUUGAACAGCUUGAUCCUCCCGACCCGGGCGGCCUUCACUUUGCGCGUGCUCGCUCGCAGACCCCCGCUUUGGGGUCGCCUUUCUCGGGUCCCAGGUGUUCGUGGACUUAAGCUGUCUGGUGCUGCCCUUGGUGUGUCGGGACACUCCGGCCUAGCCUCUCUGAGCUAUGGUCUCGACUUGUCUGCCCUAGACCGUGAUGCCCGCAAGGCCUCCCGCCAUGUUGUCCCGCUCUCUGGUGGUUGCUUGUGGGCCUCCUGCCCGAGUGCUGUUCGCAGGAUCGCCGGUGCUUUUGCCAAGGCCCUCCGCGCCCCGCGUCGGGAUGAGCCAGGUCCCCUAACAGGUCUCGAGAACCUCGCUGUCAACGACCUUCUCCUUAGCGAGGGCUGGUCUGUGCUUUCUGCCUGGCGCUGGUCUUCCCGGAAGCACAUAAACGUACUCGAGGCUCGCGCUGUCGCUGCUGUUGUCCGUGACUGCGCCCACCGGGAAGGCGACACCAAGGUCACGAUCCUCGCCGAUUCCUCUGUCGCCCGGGGGACGGUUGCCAAGGGCCGCUCCUCCUCACACCAGCUCCGACCUGUCUUGCUGAAGAUUGCUGCUUGUGCCGUCGCCGGCGGUGUGUAUCAUGGCCUUCACCACGCACCGACCAGGCUCAACAUCGCGGACGACCCUACCAGGUCCAAGCCUCUUCGAGCUGCCAGCUCUGCCUCUCUCCUUAGGCUGGUGCUUGCCCUUUCCCAGUCUUUCCGGAGAGAGCUGCCCCAACACGAGAACACCGAGCCUGCUCCCGCUCUGCCUUGGAUCAGCAAGUGCUUUGACGCUACCUUGGGCUAUCCUGGAGAAGGCCCUUUACAGCCAAGGCAUGCAAAGGAUGAGGGUAGGCAGCGAGAGCGCGCUCGCAGCACUCUGCCCGAGGGCAGGCCGAUCCUACAACGCACGACUGCAAACAGGGAGCACCUCGUCAAGAACCUCGAGGCAUGGUUGCGUGGACGAGGCGUUUCGGUUGAGUCUUUCUGGACGGCUUCGGCAGAGCAGGUCGCAAAUCUCCUUUCCGUUUAUGGAAGGGAGCUUUUCGACGCUGGCUUUCCUUAUUGGCACUACGCUGAGACUAUAAACUCUGUGUCCGGGAGGCGCCCUGCGAUCAGGCGCCAGAUGCAGGGCGCCUGGGACCUCGCCUUUUCCUGGAUGACCCUCGAGCCGCACACGCAUCACACGGCAAUGCCAUCAGUAGUGCUGCUCGCGCUGCUGACGGUAUGUCUGGUUUGGGGAUGGCGCUCCGAGGCCGGGAUUUUUGGUUUAAGCUGGGGAGCGCUCUUGCGCAUAGGAGAGGCCACCUCUGCGACAAGGACAGCCAGGCAUCAAGCUGCAAAGCUUGAGCCGCAAGACCUCGUUCUGUUAGUUGACAGCGUCUGGACGCAGCGUUGGCAAGGCUCGGCAUCGUUCCUCGAGAGGCAGAGCGUCGAGGACGAUGGGUGA